UCCUGGAUAUACAACACACCAACAAACACACCAUUUUGUUACAUCUUCUUCUUAACAGAUUCAAAACAGAAAAAAAAACGGCAACUUUCGAUUUCAAUCUCUGGAAAAAAAUCUAACACAAGCUCGUCGAUUUUGUAAACGAGAAGAAGAAGAAAAGGGUUUAGGGUUUUAAUUCAAUGGCCUUGUUCCGCAAAUUGUUCUACCGCAAGCCUCCAGAUGGUUUGCUCGAGAUUUGCGACCGAGUCUUCGUGUUUGACUGCUGCUUCUCCUCUGAUUCAUGGGAAGAAGAGAACUACAAAGUCUACAUGGCGGGAGUUGUGAACCAGCUACAGGAGCACUUCCCCGAUGCAUCCUCUCUCGUGUUCAAUUUCCGUGAAGUGGGUACUCGGAGUGUGAUGGCCGAUGUCUUGUCGGAACACGGCUUGACCAUAAUGGAUUAUCCUCGCCACUACGAAGGCUGCUCGCUGUUGCCUGUGGAAGUCAUGCACCAUUUUCUCCGCUCGAGCGAGAGCUGGCUCUCCCUUGGCCCGAGUAACUUGCUGCUGAUGCACUGCGAGCGAGGGGCUUGGCCUGUUUUGGCUUUCAUGCUGGCGGCGCUCCUUAUAUACAGGAAGCAGUACAGUGGUGAGUUGAAGACUCUGGAGAUGAUCUACAAGCAGGCUCCGCGUGAGCUUCUGCAGUUGUUCUCGCCGUUGAACCCGAUUCCUUCUCAGUGUCGGUAUCUACAGUACGUGUCUAGAAGGAAUCUGGUCUCUGAAUGGCCUCCUCUGGAUAGGGCUCUCACUAUGGACUGUGUUAUUUUGAGGUUUGUUCCUGAUGUAAGUGGUCAAGGAGGCUGUCGCCCUAUCUUCCGUGUAUAUGGUCAGGAUCCGCUUUUUGUUGAUGAUAAAAAGCCCAAGCUUUUGUACUCGACUCCGAAGAAAGGGAAACACCUUAGGAUCUAUAAGCAGGCAGAAUGUGAACUAGUAAAGAUUGACAUCAAUUGUCAUGUUCAAGGUGAUAUCGUGAUUGAGUGCCUCAGUUUGAACGAUGACCUGGUAAAGGAGGUCAUGUUGUUUCGACUGGUUUUCAAUACAGCUUUUAUUAGAUCAAACAUCUUGAUGCUUAACCGUGACGAAGUUGACACAUUAUGGCAUUUUAAAGAACAAUUCCCAAAGGGGUUCAGAGUCGAGCUUCUCUUCUCAGAUAUGGAUGCUGCUUCGUCUGUUGACGUGAUGGAUUUUUCGUGCUUGGAGGAGAAAGAUGGUCUUCCAAUAGAAGUUUUUUCCAAAGUUCAGGAGCUCUUCAAUCAAGUUGACUGGGCUGAUCAGACGGAUGCCACUCGCAAUAUGCUUCAGCAUUUAGCUAUUGCAAAUGCUGUCCAUGAAAGACCAGAAGGGUAUUCAAGCCCAAGACCACAAGGGUUAAGUCCCAAAAGUAUCCAAGAGAUAGUGAAACAGGCAGCAAUGGAAAAUAAUGCAAAGUUAAAAUUGUCUUCAGUGUCCGAAGUUGAAACUGUGGACUCACCGGAAAAACAACCUACUGGGUCAGCCAAGAAGUUUAUAGCAGAAAAUACGCAUGCUGUCCUUCAAUUAAGUGGCCAAGCAAACACCACCAGCCAGGAUGCAACAAAGUUGUCAGGUCAAGAGUCCCCUUCUCUCAAACUUGUGCAUCAUUCUGCAACAGUUAAACCUUCCGACUUUUCUGAAAAUGCCUCCACACCGUCACCACCUCAUUCUACAAUAACAUCGUUGGCUCCAGUAGCAGCACCUCCCCCUCCUCCUUCACCUCCUCCGAUUCCAACAGUUGCUUCUCAACCGUCAGAAAAGUUGCAGCAUUCUGUUGUCCAGCCGGCUGAAACACUUCCACAUGGAAAUUCAUGGGUAUCAUUAGCUGGCUCUGCGUUUCAUCAAACAACUCCAAACGAAAAACGUCCCAUGACACCGCCACCAACAUCUCUUCUCAUUCCUCCUGCAUCCGAUGUUUCUCCUCAGGAGUCUUCUGAAAUAACAAGUUCGUCGUCAGUUCUGCCAUCUCCUAAAUUGUCUGCUACACCUGCCAAACCUUCCCAAGCUGAGACAUCAGGUUCUCUUUGUCCUGCGUCACUUCCAAUAGGAGCUCCCAAUGAUGUGGCUUCACCUCUUCGACAACCGGCCAGACCACCUCUUCCAGUGACUAACUCAGACAAAAUACAUGGGUCCCCGCCUCCGCCUCCUCCUCCGCCUCCUCCUCCAAUGCAUCAUUCAGAUCAGAACACAGUCGCUGGAGUUUCCCCUCCUAUACCGCCCCCAGCACCAGCUAUCCCUGCCUCUCCAGUGUCUAACUCAGACAAAACACAUGGGCUACUUCAACCGCCACCUCCUCCUCCACCUCCGAUGAUGCAGCAAUCAGACCAAAAUAUAGUCCCUAGUGUUUCCUCUCCUAUACCAUCCCCAGCACCAGCUGUCGCUGCCUCUCCUCCUCCUCCCCCUCCCCCAAUACCACAAUCUCAUGGAAACUCUGCCAUUAAAAGCUCACCUCCUGCACCUCCACGGCCUCCUGCUCCUCCUGCCCCUCCAAACGCACCACCUCCACCACCAGGUCAGAUGAAAGCACCGUCAGCACCACCUCCACCUCCUUUAGGCCAGAUGAGGUCGCCAUCAGCACCUCCCCCUCCUCCAAAAUUAGGAACCAAGUCAUCCACAUCUUCUGGUACUAGUGUGCCUCCGACACCUGCUUUACCAGGUGGGUCUCUUUCAUCAGGAAAAGGGCGAAUGUUACGUGUAAAUUCAAAGAGUAAUGCAGCCAAAAAGUUGAAGCCAUACCACUGGUUGAAGUUGACAAGAGCUGUAAAUGGGAGCUUAUGGGCGGAAACACAAAUGUCUAGCGAAGCUUCUAAGGCUCCUGAGAUUGACAUGACAGAGCUUGAAAGUCUUUUCUCCGCAUCUGCUCCAGAUCAGGCAGGAACGUCAAGACUGAAUACCUCUCGUGGACCUAAACCCGAGAAAGUCCAACUGAUCGAACACAGGCGAGCAUACAAUUGUGAAAUUAUGCUUUCAAAAGUGAAAGUACCUCUGCAGGAUUUGAUGUACUCAGUGCUUAACCUGGAGGAAUCGGCUCUUGAUGUUGAUCAGGUUGAGAAUCUUAUUAAGUUUUGUCCGACAAGAGAAGAAAUGGAAUUAAUUAAGGGUUACACUGGUGACGUGGAGAAGCUUGGAAAAUGCGAGCUGUUCUUCUUAGAGAUGAUGAAAGUCCCACGAGUGGAAACAAAGCUCAGAGUAUUUUCAUUCAAAAUUCAGUUCGGUUCUCAGAUCUCUGAGCUCAAGAAUAGUUUAAGUGUUGUGAACUCCGCAGCAGAACAGAUAAAGAACUCUGAGAAAUUUAAAAGAAUAAUGCAGACAGUUUUGUCCCUUGGAAACGCCUUAAACCAGGGGACGGCUAGAGGUGCUGCGGUGGGUUUUAAGCUUGACAGUCUACCAAAACUCAGUGAAACCCGGGCGCGUAAUAACCGUAUGACUCUGAUGCAUUAUCUAUGCAAGAUUCUUGCUGAGAAAAUGCCAGAAGUUUUGGAUUUCACAAAAGAUUUAUCCUCACUGGAGCCUUCAACAAAGGUUCAACUGAAGUUUUUGGCGGAGGAGAUGCAAGCUAUAAACAAGGGACUGGAGAAAGUCGUACAAGAACUCUCCUUGUCCGAAAAUGAUGGCCCAAUCUCACACACCUUUAACAAGAUAUUGAAGGAGUUCCUUCUUUAUGCGGAAGCAGAAGUAAGGUCCUUGGCUUCACUCUAUUCGGGAGUGGGACGAAACGUGGAUGGCUUAAUUCUCUACUUCGGUGAAGACCCAGCUAAGUGCCCAUUUGAACAAGUGGUGUCUACCCUUCUAAACUUUGUAAGACUCUUCAACCGUGCGCAUGAAGAAAACGGAAAACAACUUGAGGCAGAAGCUAAGAAGAAAGCUGAAGAGCAGAAAUCAAAAACAAGUGAAGUAGAUAAAGAAAGCAGGAAGCCCUUGUCCUUGGAGGAACAAGUUAAGAAGGAGAAAACAAAAAUAGGUGGAUUUGAUAAAGAAAAGAAGGAACCACUGGAGGAAGGAACCGCUGCUUGAAAAAUUGCUUCUUAUUUUUUAGAUGGACAGGAAUGGACCGGCGAAGGUGAAGAGGCUGUGCGACUCAAUCCCGUGGUGUUUGCAGACAACAUGAAAAGUGGGAUAUUAACGGCAGCAUUGUCACCUAACAACAAAGCUAACUUGUAAAAUAGGGAGGGGGUAUAAAAUAAUGUAACUAGAAAGCAAUAAACACAAAUACAUCAUAUACAUUGUAUGGUCAAAACUUUUCUUGUGGGUUUAGCUCGCUGCAAUAAGCAAUGUCAUUUGAUUUACCUCAA